AUGGGGAGGUUUUCACGCAACUAUCCACCAGUGACACACUCACCACAAGACAAGAUGGCUCCAAUUGAAUGGAACGUUAUUGUAUACGACAAACCAGGCACCGACAGAAGCAAGGUUAGGCCAGAGCACGUGGCCGCCAUUCCAGCCACCGUCAACGCAGGGAUUGUGAACUCAGCCGGUGCCAUCUACAAAGAUGUGGAAAAGACUCAAUUUGCUGGAAGCACUUUCCACUUGAUGGCAGAAUCGAGAGAGGAGGUGCUUGAGUUUUUGAAAAAAGACAUCUACUACAAGUCGGGCAUUUGGGACUUGGAUACGGUUAUUGCCAAUCCAGUGGGAAUUGCAGUCAGACUUGGUAAGUCCAUGCCAGGAGUGGAUAGAGCUUGA